GAGAGCCGCUCGGAGGCGCGUGCGCGUCGAAGGAUGCGAGACUCGCUGGCAGCACAAAGAGAGGAGAGGGUGACAGACCGUCCUCAGACCAGUGCUGGGCUCUGACUGGCUCUGACUGCAAGAGUUAAAGUCUGAAAGGCCGGCGCCGACCACUUGGCGACAUCGCGCGAAGCGCCGAGGAGAAGGACUGGAUUUUUCCACGCGCUCCCUGACGCGCAGUCACCUGGCUUCUGCAGGACCGGACAGGGUCCAGGUGUCCGGACAGUGGACACAGACUCAACACAGACUGACCAUCAAGAAGACGCGCGUCCGUCCAUCCCUCCCCCCCUCUCCUCUCCUCCUUUUCUUCGCGCUCCUCUGAGGGAUGGUGUGAAGCAGCGGGAAGAAGAGCCGGACUCUCCCCCUCCCUCACCUCCACGAAGGGAGGCGCGCAACCACUUUGGCACCGAGCUCCGUGCGAGCGCCCCGGCGCCCAGCGCUGCGCGUCGGCCGCUUCCCGCAGAAAGCAGCGGAGGGGUCAGUUCCAGGGCCGCGUUUUGUGGGGGGAGGCGGCGCCCAGUGGUCAGCUUGGGGUGACCGGCAAAUUUYAGAAGCAGCUGGGCCAGUUGGAGAAGAGCAGCAGGAGGAACGGAGCAGCAGCAGGAGGAGAGCCGACCUUUCCCGCGCAGCUCUCCGGGCAAUGCCAGUGUAAAUGCCAGGGCGAUGUCCCGACGCAAGCAGGGGAACCCGCAGCACCUGUCCCAGAGAGAAAUAACGCCAGAAGUCGAGCACCCAGAUGGCGCUCUGCUCUCCGAUACGCCGUCCCCCCACCUGCUGGGCCUGCUCCCCCACCCACUGGACCCCAGCUUGGCCCACACGCUGCCUCCUGGCCUCCACACCGACCACGACCUGCUGACCUGUGGCCAGUGCCAGCUGACCUUCCCGCUGGGCGACAUCCUCCUCUUCAUCGAGCACAAGAAGAAGCAGUGCCAAACGCCGCUGCUGCCCAACGGCUGCUACGACAAGGUGCACGACCGAGGAGGAGGAGGAGGAGGAGGAGCAGGGGGUCUCCAGAGCCUUCAUCACCACACCCAGCGGGGGGAGCUUAGGAAGGUGGUGGAGCCGGUGGAGAUCGGCAUCCAGGUGACACCAGAGGAGGAGGAGGUGGUGGGAGGACGAGGGGAAAGAGGUGAGAGGGGAGAGAAGACGCCCACCAAAGGAAUUUGCCCCAAGCAGGAGAACACACCAGCAGGUGGCAGAGAUGAGCCCUCUAACUACAUAUGUACCACCUGUAAGCAGCCGUUCCCCAGCGCCUGGUUCCUGCUGCAGCAUGCUCAGAACACCCACGGCAUCCGCAUUUAUCUGGAGGCCAACCCCUCCAGCGCAGCGCUCACCCCUCGGCUCACAAUGCCUCCUCCGAUGGGCAACGAUUCCAUCCCUCAGUCGCCGCUGACCAGCUUUCUGGGAGACAACAAUCCCUUUCACCUGCUGAGGAUGACAGGACCUUUGCUCCGAGAGCCGCCCCCGGGUUUCGUGGAAAACCGUCUCCCCAACACCCCGCCGUUUGUCAGUCCACCUCCCCGCCAUCACUUGGACCCCCAUCGACUGGAACGCCUUAGUGCAGAGGAAAUGGGCCUCAUCUCCCAGCACCCGAGUGCCUUCGAGAGGGUGAUGCGGCUAACACCAAUGGCCAUCGAGUCCCAGUCCAUGGACUUCUCCAGGCGGUUACGGGAGCUGGCAGGGAACACUAACAGCACCACGCCGCCUCUCUCACCGGGCAGGCCCAACCCUAUGCACCGACUGCUGAACCCCAAUCCUUUUCAACAAGGGCCCAAGUCGCCCUUUCUGAGUACUCCUCCCCUGCCGCCAAUGCCCCCAAACAGCACCACCCCUCCCCAGACACAGAACAAAGUCAAGUCCUGCGAGUUCUGCGGUAAGACAUUCAAGUUCCAGAGCAACUUGGUGGUGCACCGGCGCAGCCAUACCGGGGAGAAACCGUACAAGUGCCAGCUGUGUGACCACGCCUGCUCUCAGGCCAGCAAGCUGAAGCGCCACAUGAAGACCCACAUGCACAAGGCCGGCUCCAUGACGGGCCGCUCAGACGAUGGGCUGUCCGCCACGAGCUCCCCGGAACCAGGAACCAGCGACGUGACCGGCGAGGGCAUUAAAAACCGCGAGAGAGAUUUCCAGGGGGAAGGCAAUGAGGAAGAAGAGGAGGAAGAGGAAGAGGAGGAGCUUGAGAACGAGAGUCGACCGGAAUCGAACUUCAGCAUGGAAUCCGAGUUUUACCGGAACCGAGAGAACGGUUCUAAACCUCCUUCAGAAGAGAAGUCGGCUCUUGCCCUUGAGAAGAUGGUGGACGGUGGGGCGCUCAACUCCAUCCAGCAGUACAAUAAUUUGAUAGUUGACAAUCGUAAAAGGAUGCCCUUCUCCAAGAGGAGCUUAGACGGCCAGCGGGACACUGGAGAUGAGGAUUCAGUAGCUGUGGAGAUGAACCACCACCAGCAGGAGGAGCGGACAACCAUUAACGGCCGGAACUGUGGCUCCGGCGACUCUUUCUCAGGCCUCUUCCCCCGAAAGCCCACCCCCAUCACCAGCCCGGCUCUGUCCAACUCCUCAAACAAGAGGAUCAAGAUUGAGAAGGACUUGGACAUUCCCCAGACUCCCCAUAUCCCUUCUGAGAACGUGUACUCCCAGUGGCUGGUGGGCUAUGCGGCCUCCCGCCACUUCAUCAAAGACCCUUUCUUAGGCUUCACUGACUCCAGACAAUCGCCCUUCGCMACCUCCUCGGAGCACUCCUCGGAAAACGGCAGCCUGCGGUUCUCGACGCCUCCGGGGGACCUGCUGGACGGCGGCCUGUCCGGCCGCAGCGGCACCGCCAGCGGGGGCAGCACGCCUCACCUCGGCGGGGGUCCCGGUCCGGGUCGGCCAAGCUCCAAGGAUGGGAGACGGUGCGACACCUGCGAGUACUGCGGCAAGGUGUUCAAAAACUGCAGCAACCUGACGGUGCACCGRCGCAGCCACACGGGAGAACGGCCCUACAAGUGCGAGCUGUGCAACUAUGCAUGCGCUCAGAGCUCCAAGCUCACCCGCCACAUGAAGACACACGGGCAGCUCGGUAAGGAGGUCUACCGCUGUGACAUUUGCCAAAUGCCCUUUAGUGUGUACAGCACUCUGGAAAAACACAUGAAAAAGUGGCACGGGGAACAUUUGAUGACCAGUGAGGUCAAAAUUGAACAAGCAGAGAGAGCCUAAGGUGAAUUUACAAGCUCUGCACCGUUCUUAGACUAAAAAUAAAAUAAAUAAACAUAAGGGGAUAUCUGGAUACUUUUAUAUUCAUUUUGGGUUAGUUUGUGUUUUUGAAUAAUAAUAAUAAAAAGAACAAAAAAACAAAACAAAACAAAACUGCCAACUGAGUACAAAAAGUGAAAACAGAGAUUUUACCAACUGAAGCUGUCAAAACUGCCUCAUUUGGCAUUCAUUUUUUAAACAAUCAGUCUGUUGAGUUUUGUGGAGCCUUUAACUGUGCAAUAAUUUCUGUAUUUAUUGUAUUUUGUAUUUUGGCAUGUGCAGGUACAUUUUUAUUAGGUACUUUCUUUWUUGUUUACAUCGGUUCUGUUUUUGUUUUUUAAUCACAUGAUAUCCUGAGAGUACUUUAGAUUACAAAUAUCCAUUUCAGGUCUUUCAAUUUGGCCAGUGCUUGUGGGAAAUUUGUACAUUAGGAUAACUGUUUAGUGUCUUGAAAAGAUGCUGAGUUCAGUCUUCAAUUUGAAAGUUAAUUGAGAAUGCUAGAAUUAAUUUAUUUUCUGUGAAGAUGAUUUGCGAACAACAAUCCUUUGGCGUAGUAGCAUGAAAUGGCUCUAAAGCGUGUCAAUAUAAUUGGAGAUGUAGCACCGAGCGUCACGACUAACAGUAAAUGUUUAAUGAAAGACGAUCCCAAGAUUCAUAAACCCUGUCUCCUCCUGAGAAUGUCCAAACCAGACAGAUACAUGUUCUACCCGACCGCUGCUGAAUGGCACCGAGUGCCAAACUUCAACAACGCUACAACGACCAUUUCUUGUUUCUUCUGGUUUUCACACCACAUCCUCUUCCAUAAAUGCACUCUGCAUUAUGUUUCACAUGAAGCCACCUGAUCGUUGACUUUUAUUAUUUAUUAGCAUGAAGCUAGGACGAGUCUGCACACAGAGAUUUUGGACAGAAACACAGUGAGAGCACAGAAACAUCUCAGGGUAAAUAAAAAAAUAACUACUACACUUUUUAAAAUUUCUUUUCACCUACUCAUUUCUUUUUAAAGAAAUUCAUUUUCAUUAUACUGAGAUGAGAAAUAGCUUCUGAAUUAUCUACCACCGCCAAGGUUUUAUCCUAAUUACAGGUUUAUAUUGUUCUCUUUGAAUUUCAACCUUCAUGUAUGUAAAAAGGAUUAAAUAAAUAGAAAUACAUGGGGUGGAUUUCUUAAACUAUUUACAAAACAUAUAAUCAACAUUGCUAUGCAUUUUGAGCUAAAUAAUGUAAUAGUUAUUAAAAAAAUAAUGAAUUCUGGCUUGUCUUUUAAUGUGAAGUGCAGCAGUUUCAUUUUUAGCAGGCAGUUGAGAGAUAAUCUAAAGUUUUGUCUCUUUUAGCUCAAAUAAAAUGAAUUUAGGACAUAAAACAUGACGACACAAUCUUUUGUUUUUAUUAGUAAAUUAAUAUUUUCCUCCUGUCUGUAACAGUGACACGUUUAACGACUUUAUGUUGACAUCUCCACAAAACAGAGAAUAAAUAUUUAAAAAUAUAUAUUUUUUGUUGCUGCUUGACUGCGUGUUUUUCUACGUUAAAAAAUAUUUUUUCAACUUUCACACAAAAAAAAAUCAUCGUUUCAGCAAAAAGCUUUUUUUAAAUUAAUAAUUCAAGUUUGUGCUGAAGGUUAGUUUCUGUAAUGUUUAACCACCCACAAAGGGGGCAGUCCAUCCUCUCAAAUACUAAUACAGUAUAUAAGCAUAAAGGGGAGAAAUUUGUCAGAGUAUCAUGYCGUAGAAAUUUUUGAUUUUUUUUUUUGUUAGCUCAUUUUUUUCCUUUUUUUUUCCUGUUGAUUUGUUUGUGUUAAAACCUUCCCACUUCAUGAAGACAGAUUUAAUUUGAAAGCGGACAGUUCUGAACAAACCAGCACUUUAUGGUCUCUGUCUGCAGACGUAAAAACAGAGCUGACACCAGGACAGAAAGGGGUGUGGAGCUUGGGAUCUCCUGAGGCUGAAGUGCCAGGACUGUUAGGCUGAGCUUUCCCCAAAGCUGGCACUAUAAACAAUUAUUGACUUAAUUAUUAAGGAGAAUUUAAAAAUUAAUAUUAUGGACAGUUUCUGCAUUGCCGUUCAAAUUGACAUGAGUGUGCCUUUAAUUAUGAUCUUCCUCUUUGUCGCAGACAAAAACGUUUUACGAAGCAUCAAAUUGAAGAUUAAAAAAGAAAAAUGCAAAAACAAAUAUGUUCACUUUAUUGUGUAAUCUGACACCUGAACAGAAUUAACGAGAAAACAAGUUUAGGGUUAUUCAGCACAAUAUUAAAGUGUCUGUGUGUGUAUAUAUGUAUGCAUAUGUACAUACAAAAGGCACAAACCUUUAAAUAUAAAUAUAUAGAGAUCUAUAUCAAACUCCACACUCAAAGACGUAGAUCAGGCCAGGAUCAAACAUUUCAAAAUGUCAAGAGGAAUAAAAUAUAGCAGAAAAAAAAAUCAGAUACUAGAAAUGUUUUAGUGCACUCUGUCUUAAAUAAGUUUACAGUAUUAAUACAAGUACAAGGGUAAAAAGAAUACUUGCGUUACUGUGCUUUUUUUGUGUCCAGGUUUGCUUCAACAUUUAUUUUGAAAGCCACAGUGGCACUGUGUACAUCAGCUUUAUUUAAUUCAUUUUUUUACUUUGCUGGUUUUUUUUUUUUGUGACAGGUUUUAGUAUAAAUAUAUAAAUAAAUAUAUAAAUAUAUAUGACAUUUUUUUCUGGUUUACUGUAAAAGUAUAACAGUAUUUGUAAUAUUGAAGAAUGCCAGGGCAUUUUACAAAAAUAUGAAAAAAAAAAGAUGGCUGUUCUUUUUUUAAAGCUUUUAUUUUACAGUCCAAUUUCAAUUGUGGGUCUCUAAAACUGUUUUUUUGUCAAUGUAAACUGUAAAAGUCUUAAGUUUUAGUAACUUUUCUCCUGGCUUGGGUGUAACGAAUUGAAAAAUAAAGGAAGCCUGAGC